UACACGUUAUUAAUAUAUAUAUAAAGGGAUUUAUCUUGGUCAGUCCAUCAUUCGCUACACGAUAGCCUUACAGUGAACACGUACAGUAAUAUUAUAUAAAACCUCCAGUGAUAAGCAUUAUUGAUAAAAAUAUAAACAUGAUUCAUCGAGGCUACAUGCUCUUCCUCGUGGGCACGUUCGCGUCAAUGACGUCAGCUCUGCCGCCGUGCGUGUGUCCGAAGAACAUGAAACCGGUAUGCGGUUCCGACGGCCAGACUUACAACAACGAAUGUCUGCUGAACUGCCAGAAGAUUGAUAACCCUGAUCUCGUCGUGGAUAAAGUCGGAAGCUGCGAGCAAAAAUCCGGUGGAUGUUUUUGUACAUUCGAAUAUUCGCCGAUCUGCGGUAGCGAUGGCGUGACCUAUGCGAAUCAAUGCGAAUUUGACUGCGAGGCGGGUGACGCAAAACUAAUGUACAGGGGAGAGUGCAGGGCGAAACGGGAAGCGCCGCUAGUAGUGCAGAUACCGGACUGUUCGUGUUCUAGAGAGGCCAAACCCGUCUGUGGAACUGAUGGACAUACAUACAACAACCCGUGUAUGCUGAACUGCGCCAAAGAUGUCUUAGAAGACCUCCACGUUUUCCACGAGGGACCCUGCAUGAUUGAGGGCAAAAAAUUUGAUCCCGAAGUCCGUAACUGCGGGUGCACCAGAAACCUUCAGCCAGUGUGUGCUUCUGACGGCGUCACAUACAAUAAUGAAUGCCUCAUGAGGUGCGCCGGCGAGGACCUUGUGGUACAGAAGGACGAACCCUGUGAUGAUUAAUCUCUUUAUAUAUAUAUGAAGAUUUUUAUGUUUGUUAACCUAUUUAUAAGAUUUUUCGAUUCCAUUAUGAGUUACGUGUUGUUGUCUUAUCGGGAAGGUCAAACAAUUAAAAUCUGUUAUUAUAGCUGACUCGAGUUUGACCUUUCAAUUUGAUUGUUGAAGUUUGAGAACUCUUUUAGCUUUUAAAAUGUGUUUCGAAAUUUAAAAUAAUACCGUCAGAGCCAUAGACUACUGUGAUUUGAUCAUUGAUUUAAUAAAAAAAAUAUGCUGUCCGUACUUACACUGCUUGUAAAAUUUAUUAAAUAUUAUAGCUUAAAAA